UCCGGCAAGACGGGCGCAAAACUGUCGGCGUCUAAGGAACAAGAUGAAUUGCUACGGCUCAAACGGGCCUGCAUUCAGAAGUUUGCGGACUUUGCGUACAAAGCGGAGACGACGUACUGCAAUGCAACGUACGACACAUUCUUGUGCUGGCCGCCGACGCCUGCGGGUGAAGUCGUCUCACAAAACUGCCCACCGGCGAGACUUAGCGAUACAUCACGUUUUGCAUUUCGUCGGUGCGGAGACUCCGGCCUCUGGCUAGGUCGACGGCCAAACGAAAGCAGCGUCAUCGGAUGGACAAACUAUACGCCUUGUUUCCCGCCAGAAGUUCAGACGCUCUUAGUUAAAGUUUACGACGACGAAAAGGAUGCACAGUUAAAAUUCGAGAUUGCUCAGCGGACAAGGUAUAUGGAGAUAGUGGGAUUUAGCAUUUCAAUGUUGGCUUUGAUCAUAUCGUUGAUCAUAUUCUCCUACUACAGGUCAUUACGUAACAAUAGAACUAGAAUCCACAAAAGUCUGUUCUGCGCGAUGUUGGUGCAAGUUGUAAUAAGACUGACGGUGUAUAUCGAUCAAGCACUCAUCAGGAGUCGACAGGGCGACCACUUAAUCAACGGGAACUUCACUAUUAAAGGGAUAGAUAAUAUGCCGUAUCUUUGCGAAUCUUCCUAUGUGCUACUGGAAUAUGCUAUAACGGUGAUGUUCAUGUGGAUGUUUAUCGAAGGGUUGUAUUUACACAACGUGGUGACAGCUAACGCUCUCAGAGAGAGAAUAUCUUACGUUUUGUACUACGCCACGGGAUGGGGAAUACCUUUUGUUGUCACCGUGAUCUGGGCCACCAUGACCGCUUUGCACUAUCAACGGGAGGGAUUAAAGACGUGUUGGUAUGGAUACAAUUUCAGCCCACUCUAUUGGAUCGUCCAAGGACCCCGACUGGCCGUCAUAAUGAUCAACCUAAUUUUCCUAUUGAACAUCAUGCGAGUUCUGAUCGUUAAACUCCGCCAAUCACAGAGUUCAGAAAUGGAGAAAGUCAGGAAAGCAGUUCGAGCGGCACUUGUUCUUUUACCACUUUUGGGCAUUACAAACAUCUUGAAUAUGACAGAAGCGCCACCUGACAGCAGCGUUUGGAACUUUGGAUUAUGGAGUUACAGUACACACUUCCUUCGAUCGUUCCAAGGCUUCUUUAUUGCCCUUAUCUACUGCUUUUUGAACGGAGAGGUUCGCACGGUGGUGAAGAAACAUUACGAUGAUUACAUGAGCAUGCGAGGAGGUCGCCGGCCGGCCCGAGUCUCUAGCUCUGCGGAGAGAUCUCGUAAGGAGAGCAAAAUUGAGGGUGAAACUUCCUCGUGGGUACAAAUGAGAAAGUUGAGGUGGAAACGUAGCUCGUCCAAAGAAAACAAAGAAAUAUCAGUCACCGAAAUGGGUCCAGAAAUUAAUCAAGAGAAAGAAAAGAAGAAAAAUGAAAUUGCCUUGGCUGCUCCGGAACAGUUGGAAACUGACGGAACUGUGGUAAACAAUAAAAUUACAACAGUAGCUGAAAUAAACACUUCUACAUAAAUAAAUGAUUCAACUGCCGAGAUGUUA